AUCAAAUCAAAUUACAGAGAAAACCCCAGAGAGUAGUGAGUCCAGUUCAGACGGCGCGAAACCGAGUCGGAAAUGUCGAAAUCGUCCUCUUCCCUCUUCGACCUUCUCCUCCAGUUAUCGGAGCCGAUUGCCGAAUCUCUGAGCAAAACGCCGUACACGCCGUCACAGACCGCCAACGUCUCCGUGAAAGCCUUACUGGAACCCCUCCUUCCUCGAAACCCUAAUCCUAACAUCGGCCUCCGCGCCUCAAUCCGAGACUUCACUCUCGCCUGUGCUCUACUCUCCUCCUCCCAAUCCUCAACCCACGAGCUUCUCUCGUGGAUCCCGGAACACCUCGCGGCCGCUGCUGACCGGGCGGUUCUGGAAUUCUCGAAAGCUUAUUCCGAUUACGGCGAGAAAGCUGGUGAUGGUUUGGUGGCGGAGUUGAUGCCUGAGGUGAUGCCGUUACUGAAGGAGAGGAUCAAGGAGAGCUCGAUUGAUAAAUCGGCGGACGGGGAUGAGGUCUCGGCGGCGUCGGCAAGAGUGCCGGUUGGGUUUGCCAUUGUGGCUGCUUAUCAGUUUAGGUGGUUUGUUACACAGAUUGAUUAUUCGGAUUUUGGAAAGUUGUGUGCUUUGGCUGUUCCUUGCGCUUUGACUGCUCUGGAUCACUGGUCGCCGGAGAUUAAAGGGCAAGGCAUGAUAAGCUUUAUACAUAUCGCCAAAAGUGUAGAUGCUGCUGAACUAACUUGGUGUCAAGAUGCAAUUCUUGAUGCAUGCUGCCAGAAUAUUGCUUCUAGUGACGAGAUAUGGCAUCUUGUGGUGGAGAUGUCAGUACUUGUGGUGACUUGUACCCAGCAGAGUAAUCCUCGUAGUGCAUGGUUUGAUAAAAUUCUAAAUGAGAUGUUAACUCACUUGGAGCGCCAGCCUAGGAACAAGGAGCGCCGUAUUGCAUGGCUUCGUUAUGUAGAGCCGCUUUUUAAUGGUGUUGGUCUGGUGUUACUAGCUCAUUUCAGGCGCAUUUUCCCUCUUUUCUUUAAGUGGAUGCAUGCUGAUGACGAUGAGACUGUUUUACUGGUUCUCAAACAGAUUGAAACAGUUAUAAAGCUAACAUGGAUUAGGAAUACACCAUAUGUGGAAAGGUUGGUGGAUGAACUUGCUACUUUGCACAAAGAAGCAGCAAUGAAAAGAUCUCGUGAAGAAAUUAGAAAUCUUGUUAUUCGUAUACUGAUCCUGCUCCAUCAAUGCAAGGGUCUGCAGUUCGAAGCAGCCUGGGGCAAGCACAGGGAUGAUCCAAACUUGGCAACAAUUGCUCCCUCUUUAAGUGAAAGAAGAUCAACAAUGGCUUUCCAAUGAUGACUGCUAUUUAGUCUUUUGUACAGAACGAGAGGACGUGCAGAUAUUAGUGAUGGGUGGGCGAUAUUCGAAUUUACUGAUGAUAGUUUAUAACAUCCAUUAAUUCCGAGAAUGUACGUUUUGGAUGAGUUUAGACUUUAAAGUAUGGCUAACAUAGUUACCUUGAGAGCUUACGCUCUUUGUUCACUCCCCCUUAUGUCCAUUUACUGGAGAAUGGAUCAUCUUCACUGUUCACAUAAGAGAACUCUUUUAGUCUUUGCA